AUGUACGUCGCUCGCAAGGAUUCCAAUCAAGUGGUGGCAGCUGCGGAUCUUGUAGACGGACUCUACUGGCUUCGCACGACGCAGCGAUCGGCCAAUGCGACAUCACUCAGCAACGCUGUUGAUCUACAUGCGCGAAUGGGCCAUGCUCCAGUCGACGUGCUUCGCAGGAUGGUGAUAAGCCACAUGAUCAAGGACGCUCACAUCCCUUCCAAGCCGAAUGUAUCAAGUGUGUGUCGAGGAUGCCAAGAAGGGAAGAUGGUCCAAAAACCGUUCCCGAGCAACCGUGACAAGCGCACCUACAACACCUUCGAGAUGCUCCACUUCGACAUCUGCGGACCCAUGGAAGAAAAAUCUCUGGGUGGCAGCAAGUAUCUGCUGCUGAUCGUGGAUGAAGCAAGCGGAUGCAUGAAGGGUUUUUGUCUGCAUUCCAAGUCAGAGAGCGAAGAGUGCAUCAAGAAGUACAUCACGAUGAUACAGACGCAGUUCAACAAGAAGGUCAAGUUUGUGCGACACGAUGGAGCCCGCGAGUUUGCGGCGAACUCGCUUCAAGAUUUCUACGAAGUCGAAGGCAUCGAGCAACAAACCACGGUGCCAUACGCACAUCAAGCCAAUGGAACUGCUGAACGCGCGAUUCGAACUAUCGUCACCAUCGGUCGUAGCAUGCUCCAUCAUGCCAAGUUGGACAAGUGCUUCUGGGCUGAAGCGGCAAUGACGGCCGUCUAUGUGAAGAACCGUUUGCCGUCACCCAAGAUUCCACACAAGACACCGUUCGAGAUUGUCUACAAUUCUAAGCCAAGUGUCAAGCACAUGCGCGUUUUUGGGUGCCAAGCAUACAUCUUGACCCCGAAGGAGAAACGACUCAAGUGGGAUCCCAAGGCCCGGGCUGGAUUGUUUUUGGGCUACGAAGAAGUGUCCAAGGCGUAUCGAGUUUACGACAUCGAAGCGGGGCAGGUGAUGAUAAGUCGCGAUGUCAACUUCGAUGAGUCGGCCUUUGGACUGUCGAUACUGAUUUCCGAUGACGAUGUUGAUGGCCUGGACUUCGAAUCGAUCGAUCUUGAUGAUGAAGAACCGCGUCCGAGACACUUCAAACAAACAGGAAAGCGCAAGGCCCAACCCAGUCACGACAAUGACGACGCAAGCAUGCCCCGAGCAGUACGCCAACGACCCGGAUUGGAAGAGUCAAGUGCGCCGGAUGACCUCUCUUCACGUCGAGCCAACGAAGAUGAAGAAAGGAAGUCGGAGGAACAACAUGACACACCGACUUCCUCCGCGUUUUGGCAUGCGAGUGCAAACGCCGUCGAAGCAGCGGUCGAUUUUUCGGAGCCGUCGACAUUUGAAGAAGCAGUGUCUGGCCCGGACCAAGUACAUUGGCGCAAGGCAAUUGAUGCGGAGCUCGAUUCGAUGAAGCUUCGCGGUGUCUUUCGUGCGGCCAAGUUACCCAACGGACAAGGCGCCAUCGGCACAAAGUGGGUCUUCAAGAUCAAGCGCAAGGCGGAUGGGUCGAUCGAGAAAUACAAGGCACGACUUGUGGCCAAGGGUUUUCGCCAAAAGUAUGGCAUCGACUACACGGAGACGUUCUCGCCCGUGGUCAAGUAUGUGACGCUGCGAAUGGUCAUCGCCAUUACCAAGCACUUUGGAUGGCCCCUCGACCAGCUCGAUGUGGUGACUGCGUUCCUGUAUGGAGUGAUGAAGGAGAAGGUGUUCUGCGCUGUUCCGGAAGGCGUCAGGAUGGAAGGUGAUUUCGACUGUCUCGAGCUGAUCAAGGCGAUCUACGGUCUCAAGCAAGCCUCGCGUGUUUGGAACGAGACCUUCGACGAGUUCAUACGCUCGAUUGGUUUUCAAGCAUAG